CAUCGUUUCAAUUUCAAUUAAACUUCUAAUUUUGAUGUGAACUGAACACACCCUAUAGCUAGAGAUUGUUUUUGGACGGAGGAAGUAUAAAAGCAACAGCCGCUCAUCCUGUCAUCCAUAUCCACUGAAGAUAAGAUCACUCUUAUCCAUACGGCCGGGAAGACAAUCCAGUUCCUCUGCUCUCGAGGUCUCGCCUGAGUCCUCAUCCUGCCAAGUGCUAGCUAUGGUUGAAGUGGACGAUGGAUCCAAACGGCAGAUCGGCGUGGAUUAGCAGGGCGGGGCUGGGCAUCCUCACCGUCAACUCCGGCCUCGCCAUCUACCGCUCCAGGGGGGACGCAGCCGCGGUCGCCUUCGUCCUCGGCUCGUACACCGCCCUGCUCCUCCUCUUCUCCUGCCUCUCCGCCUUCGAGCGCGCGCCGCCCGGGUCCCCCGCGAGGGGCCGCCUCAAGCGCGCGGUGUGGGCGCUCUCGACGCUCGUCACCGCCAUGUUCGCGUGGAAGGUCGCGGCGCUCAUGCCGCCGCCCGUGGCGGCCGUCGUUUGGGCCCUCGCCGUGGCAACCUCGCUCGGAGGAUUCUUGGCCUUCUUCAUCUACACCUGAAGUGGUGAAGCCGAUCGAUCGCUGUUUCUCGGUCGCCUGUGAUGUAUGGAUGUACAUAUAGCUAGUAAUUAGCUAUUUAGCUAUUACUAGUUUGUACAUGCUUCAAGUGAACUAUACUCUGCCUCUGUACAUAUAUAUAUAGUACUUUAGUAACAUACCGGAUGUACAUGUUUUGUACGUAUCAGCGUAUGAAUAUUUCUUUCUUUUUCAGUUUUCACUCUUUGUUCCAGCGUCUUGUUACAGUUCCAAUUGAUCUAAACGAGGAACAAGUUCACUUUA